AUGCGUUCUCCUAUUACCAACCUCGACCUGUGGUCGUCCUUCACUGUUCUUCUCGCAUCGGCUGGUACCCUUGCGUCUGCCGCUUGCCCUAUUCCUUCUCAGGGUCAGUACAAGUGGUCCUCCACCGGUGCUCUGGCCCAGCCUCAGCACGGCUGGACCUCUAUCAAGGACUUCACCAACGUUGUCUACAAUGGCAAGCACCUUGUCUACGCCUCUGUGGCCGACGCCCAGGGCAACUACCACUCCAUGAACUUUGGCCUUUUCAGCGACUGGUCCCAGAUGGGCUCCGCCAGCCAGAACGCCAUGAACUUCAAUGCCGUGGCCCCUACUCUGUUCUUCUUCGCUCCGAAGAACAUCUGGGUUCUUGCCUACCAGUGGGGUGCUACCGCCUUUUCCUACCGUACCUCCACGGACCCCUCCAAUGCCAAUGGCUGGGGUCCUCAGCAGGCCCUGUUCACCGGCUCGAUCUCCAACAGCGGCACCGGUCCCAUCGACCAGACCCUGAUCGGUGACAACCAGAAUAUGUACCUGUUCUUCGCCGGCGAUAAUGGCAAGAUCUACCGCUCCAGCAUGCCCCUGAACAACUUCCCCGGCUCCUUCGGCAGUGCUUCCGAAGUUGUCAUGAGCGACUCCACCGCCAACCUCUUCGAGGCUGUCCAGGUCUACAAGGUCUCUGGUGACAACAAGUACCUCAUGAUCGUUGAGGCCAUGGGUGCUCACGGCCGCUACUUCCGCUCCUUCACUGCCUCCAGCCUGAACGGCCAGUGGACCCCCAACGCUGCCACUGAGAGCGCUCCCUUCGCCGGCAAGGCCAACAGCGGUGCCAGCUGGACCAACGACAUCAGCCACGGUGACCUCGUCCGCACCAACCCCGAUCAGACCAUGACCAUCGACAUGUGCAACCUCCAGUUCCUGUACCAGGGCCGUGACCCCAACGCCAACCCCGGCUACAACGUUCUGCCUUACCGCCCCGGUGUCCUCACCCUCAAGCACUAG